AUGUCAGCUUUCAUGGUUCUCUGUCAUCCACGUAUUUUCUUUGAUAUCAAAUCCACUUCUUCCUCAGCCUUUGUUUGGAGCUCAGAAAGUAAGAUUGAGGAUGAUGCGAUUGGGUUUGAAGAGCUUGGUGAAUUAGAGAUCAAAGAUGUGAAUGUAGAUCAGACAUACGGCGAUUUACCAAUGAUGGCAUUGAUCAUUCCCUUAGCAAUCGUAGCAACACGACAAAUGCCAUCCCAUGCAAACGGUAACCUCCUAUUUUAUUGGCCAACCAGCAUACAUGACUUCUACCCGUCAUCUACCCUAUUGAUCCAACAAUUGUCACCACAUGAUUACUAG